GCGGCGGCUCCGGCUCCGGCGAGCCCGCUCUUCUUACCUCCGACGAGCCCCUCAUCACUCCGGCGGCCACGAGGCGAGAGCUGAGUGGCGACGCCGGCGAGUCCCCUUCCUCCUCUCCUCGGCCAGCUGCAAAAUCCUUUGUCCGUCACAAUUGCCCAUGGACUCUGCUGUCGAUGGCCCGAGACAACCUCCGGCUAGGGCGGGAAGCCGCCUCUGCACACGCUGCAGCGAGCGGAAGGCUGCCCUCAAGCGUCCCAAAACCCUAGAGCAGUUGUGCCUCUAUGCCCCUCACAUUUUCCGUGUAGUUUGUCCUGAUGUUUCGAGACAAUCCAGGGAAUGCUUCUACAUUGUCUUUGAGGAUGAGAUCCAUCAGACUAUUGUUGAGAAUAAUUUGUUUAAACCUGGUGAUCGUGUGGCCAUUGGAGCUUCUGGUGGUAAAGAUUCAACCGUGCUCGCAUAUGUGCUAUCAGAGUUAAAUCAUCGUCACAAAUAUUGUCUUGAUUUGUUCCUCUUAUCUGUGGAUGAAGGAAUUACUGGUUACAGAGACGACUCACUAGAAACUGUUAAAAGGAAUGAAAUACAGUAUGGCCUGCCAUUGAAAAUAAUUUCUUAUAAGGACCUCUAUGGCUGGACAAUGGAUGAUAUUGUGAAAGCAAUUGGCCUAAAAAAUAAUUGUACCUUUUGUGGUGUUUUUCGACGUCAGGCACUGGACCGAGGUGCUGCUCUCUUAAAAGUUGACAAGAUUGUGACUGGACAUAAUGCUGAUGACAUUGCAGAAACUGUGUUAUUGAAUAUAUUACGUGGUGAUAUUGCACGGUUAAGUAGAUGUACCUUUAUAACUACUGGCGAAGAUGGGCCAAUCCCAAGAUGCAAGCCUUUCAAAUACACCUAUGAGAAGGAGAUUGUUAUGUAUGCAUAUUUCAAAAAGCUGGACUACUUCUCCACAGAAUGCAUAUAUUCACCAAAUGCAUACCGUGGAUUUGCUCGCGAAUUUAUUAAAGAUCUGGAAAGGAUGAGACCUAGAGCUAUACUGGACAUCAUAAAAUCAGGUGAGAAUUUUAGGAUCUCCACAACAACAAGGAUGCCAGAGCAAGGAACAUGUGAACGUUGUGGCUACAUUUCUAGUCAGAAAUUAUGCAAAGCAUGCGUCUUGCUGGACGGAUUGAAUCGAGGCUUGCCAAAACUAGGCAUAGGGAGGACCAAAGGCGUAGCUGGAGGUGAUAGUGACUGUGAGCAGCAGGCCAAACGUCCGGAGAGGAGCAGGUCGAGUCUGCAAGGAAAACAUGGAAACGUCGACUUUUAGAUAUUAUCAGUUUUUUUGCUCAAAGCCUCAAAGGCUUCUGCCGAGAUAUUUUGUUAAAAUGUCAUUGUUGGUUUACUACACCUGGAUCAUUUGACAUGAUUCAGUUGUACAAUCUGACUAUGGGCCUAUUUUUGGGAGCUUCUAGUUAUUACAGUUUCUCUCAAAAUCAGAAGCUUCCCUAAACAGUCUAGCUUUU